AUGGAUUCAUUAGAUUAUAUUCUUUUUGUAUUUAUAGCAAUUAUUAUUUGGUAAUUAUAUGAUUAUUACUUUCCUAAAUAAUAAAAGAAAGUUAUAUCAGAAAAUUCUGAAACGCAAGAUAAAGUUUUUCUAAUUAAAAAUAAUAUAAAGCAAUUAUAUAAAGAAGAGAAAGAAAUUCUUAAGGUGUUUUUACUGAUAGAGAUCUAACUAAAUAUGACGGAAUACAAAAUCCUGAAGUAUAUAUUAGUGUAAAAGGUGCAGUUUUCGAUGUUACAAAAUCAAAGGACUUUACAAGAGGUGGAAGAUAUGAAAUACUUGCGGGAUAAGAAUGCUCAGUUAAUUUUGCAAAAAUGGUGGUUGACCCAAAACAUUUUUACACUUAUUUUUAUAAAAAAUUAACUCUAGAUGAAGAAUAAUAAUUAGAUGCUGCUUAUUUAACUUUUUGUGCAAAUUAUAAAAUUGUUGGCCAUUUAAAAAGCAUUUAAAAAAAAUUUCAAAGCUAAAAAUAAAAUUGAAAAAGUAAAAAUAUACGCAUUUAUAUAAAUAUGUACUCGAUAAUAAAAACUUAAUUUAUAUA